UUUGGAAGAGUGAGCAUCAUAACACCUAUACUGUGAAGCAGAGAAGAAAAUAAUAGCUUCAGUAAGGCUCUGACUACAAAGCUUUCUCUCAAUCCAAAGAUGCCUUUAUUCACUGUUACCACAAAUGUAAGCAAAGAUAAAGUGCCAGAAGGGUUCCUAGGAGAAGUCACAGAGCAACUAUCAAAAGCACUGGGCAAACCGGCACAGUAUAUACAGAUAAAGGUCUCCACUGACCAGAUGAUGGCCUUUGGUGGUUCCCAGGACCCCUGUGCCAUGUGCUUUCUCUACAGCAUUGGCAAGAUAGGAGAUCAGGAGAACAAGGACUAUUCAAAGUUGUUGUGUGACCUACUGAACAAACGUCUGAAAAUACCUGUAGACAGAAUCUACAUCUGCUACUUUGAAGUGAGUGCUGCCAAUGUGGGCUGGAACAGCACCACCUUUGCAUAAGGCGAGUGCCUUAUUCACUUUAAAGUGAAAGGCAAGGCAUGCCACUUAGUUUUGUGGUUGUGCUCACCACAGUUCCAAGCCUGUGCAGACUCAAGAACCAAUGGCUCCUUACUUGGUAUGCAUACCUACUGUUGCUAUAACACUUACAUGACCCACCUAUAGAAAAUAAGUAAA